CUCUCCUGAUUGCUGCAGUAGAUUUUCAAACGCCAAAGCAAGUGGGUAAAUUAAAAUCCCAUGUUCCUGUGGGCUAGGAACAGAGCCGUUUGAAAUGUUCUUUACGAGAAGAGCAUGUUCCUAUUGUUUCUCUUGCCCUAGCCGAGAAGUUCCAAAGAGAUCCUAUAUCCAAGGACACCUCGCAAACGGAGACAGAGAAAGUGAAAUUAACUAAGGGGAGAAAAGGGCUAGGCUAGGGUUGGUUGCUCUUUCUUAUAUCAAGCUGUUUUAGGACCUGAUCCAAAGCCCACCGAAAUCCAUUAGGAGUUUCCAUGGAUUUCAAUGGGAUUUUAAUCAGUCCCUCAAUCGCUAGGCUGAGCAAAUGAGGGGCCGGGAAUUCACACAGGAAAAGGGGGGAAAGCUGUUAGCUUUAUCGGUGCAUCUUGUUGUGCAUCUGCUCAGUGUUUGCAAGCAACGCACAGUCCAGAAAACAAGAGAGCCACAUCUCUCCUCCGACCCAUUCUUAGAAAGCGACAUUCUGGUUGAAAAAGAGAGGAGUCCAGACUCCGAAGGAGACUUGCAGGACUAGAUCCUGAGACUACACAGUAGCGUUUAUAAUCCGCCCCAACCCCAAUAAUUUUGGGAAUUCAAAACAAUGAGCAUAAAGCGAAAUUUUCCUCCUGUUAAAUGUAGCCACUUAUUUGCUAGGUCAGAUUUUCAGCCAAAAGUUCUGUGCCGAUUCUUUGUUGUUGUUAUUUAAAUUCAAUGUUAGCCCAAGAACUGGACAACAAUGUAAAUAAUAAAACGCCAUCAGGAGAGGGAAGGAAAACAGAUUGUCCGCUGGCAGCAAAACAUCUGGAGAAACCUGGCAGAGGCCGGGGGGGAGGGGACGACACCCGUUGAAACUGCUUUGCGUGCUCAGGUUAUAAAAGGGCUGCGGAUACCUAAAUAAAUAAGGGGGUUGUUGUAGGCUCGGUCGGGGGGCUUUGAUAUUGUAACACGCUGCCUGCUUUUGCUGAGGAAGUCUGAUACUAUGUCGUGAACAAGUGUGAGGGGGUUGUAAAAGGCAGGCAGAGUACAUUGAGGCAGUGCUACGUAGGCCAGUAAAAGGCUCCUUUGUGCAAAGCCUCGAAUGGGAAGGGCUGGCGCGGCGAUGCCCAGCUGAUCAUCCAGAUGUGCAGGUACAUUCCAGCGGUUGCAGGAGCCACUGGCAGGAGUCUGCGGACUUGAGGAGGUGGAGAAACUGUGCUGCUGCUCCAGUGUCCCUUGGAGGGGGAGCAGUUUCCCAGGAGGGAGAAGGGAAUUAUUGUGCUCGCUCGCUUCCCCCUCCGCCCCCAUUUGUUUUCUAUAGGUAGCGGAAAGAUCACGCUGUCAUUAAAGGCACAUCCCCUCCCUUUGUGCCGGUGCCAGGAAGGGAGAGACAGAUAAACAGUCACUCCGAGGUGGUGGGGGAGUCCAUUGGCGCCCCAGAUGAAGCCGAUCGCUCGCGGAGGUGUCAUUAUGAGUCCCACCUUCCAAGGGGAAAGGGGCUGCUCCGUUGUCCCUGCCCUCUCGCUCUGCGAAAGAGCUGAAUGACGCGGUGUGCUCUUGCUGUUAUUGUUCCAGCUGGCAAGCGUCAGGGAUGAAGACACGGGGAUGUUUGUGGUCCUAAUUUGCAAAGUAUCCCAUCUUCUAGGAGAACAGGAUGCAGCGUUGACUCCAGCGAUCCGCGCAACACCCUAAAAAUUAAAUAUGAUGAGGAAGAGGAGGAAGCGAGGAGGCCGGCUCGCCUGCUCAUGCAGCAGUCCCGUCCCGCCGCCGCCGCCGGAGUCCCGCAGACCUGCAUGGACGGGCAUGGGGAGAGCAGCACCUUCCUACGCCGCCGGGGCUGAGCAACGCCGCCGCCGCCGGCUGCACCCGCCGCCGCCGGCCGCCCUGUUUCUCCUCUUCAACGUCGGGUUGCUGCUGCGCACAGGUGACUGCCAGCUGCAAACACCAUGUCGAAUCCAGAAGUGCACCACAGACUUUGUGUCAUUAACUUCGCAUCUAAACUCUGCUCUUGAUGGCUUUGAUUUGGAGUUCUGCAAAGCCCUGCGGGCGUAUUCUGCCUGCACCUAUCGCAAUUCCAAAGUCUGUCGUGGAAACCUAGUUUACCAUUCUGCUGUGCUAGGGAUCAGCGACCUCAUGAGCCAGAGAAACUGCUCCAAGGAUGGGCCAACAUCUUCUACUAACCCUGAAGUUACCCAUGACCCCUGUAAUUACAGUGGCCGCAUAGGAGCCAGAGAACUUCGGGGAGGGGAGCAAACCCCUCCUACUUACCUCUUUUGUGGUUUGUUUGGUGAUCCUCACCUUAGGACUUUUAAGGAUCACUUUCAGACAUGCAAAGUGGAAGGUGCCUGGCCUCUCAUAGACAAUAACUACUUAUCAGUGCAAGUGACGAAUGUGCCUCUGGUGCCAGGAUCCAGUGCUACUGCUACAAAUAAGAUAACUAUUAUCUUUAAAUCAUACCAAGACUGCACAGAGCAGAAGGUGUACCAGGCAGUGACUGAUGACCUACCGGCGGCUUUUGUAGAUGGCACAACAAGUGGAGGUGACAGUGACACCAAGAGCUUGCGCAUAGUGGAGAGAGUCAGUGGCAGAUACGUGGAGAUGCACGCCAGGUACAUCGGGGCCACUGUGUUUGUGCGCCAAGUUGGACAUUACCUAACGCUGGCCAUUCGCAUGCCAGAAGAGCUGGCCAUGGCUUAUGAAGAAAGCCAGGACCUCCAGCUGUGUGUGAAUGGCUGCCCCUCGAGUGAACGCAUUGAUGAUAGUGGUCACUUACCUUUGCCCGUUAUGGGGCAGCUUCUUCCACAUGCUGCCUCUACUCAGCCCCGGUCUGUGUACACACUGGAGAGUGCCACUACCAAAUGCCAUGAGAAGAUGCUGGUGAAGGACAUCUAUUUUUACUCUUGUGUGUUUGAUCUGCUCACCACUGGUGAUGCUAACUUCACGGCAGCAGCUCAUAGUGCCUUGCAGGACGUAGAGGCACUGCACCCCAGGAAAGAGCGCUGGCACAUCUUCCCCAACAGUGGAAAUGGUGAUAUGGGCAAAAAUAGCAAAUUGUCUGUUAGUCUUGGACUUGUGUGCUUAAUCCUUGUUGCGUUUUUGUAGGGUUUUUUGUCUAUAACAAAGUUUUAAAAUAUAUAUUGUCAUAAUAUAUUGAGUAAAGCUAAGAGUAUAUAUGUAUAUACCAUGUAUAUGAAGGGAUGUUUGUCUUGGGACACCCGCCAGAUUGUACAUAUUGUGUUUGUUUUACAUGUAUGUCGGAUGUAGUAUUCUUUGAUUGUAUCAAUUUGUUUUGCAGUUGGUGAAAUGUUUUAUAAUGUCCCUGCAUUGGGACCUCAUAGAAAGCACUUUAUUUUUUAUAUAUGAAAUAUUUAUGUGUGUAGCUGGGUAAUAUGUAUAAUACACCUGUACAUACACCACCCCCAGUGCUCCCUCUAAGUAUUACAUAGUUUAAAAAACUUUUAUAUGUAAGUACUUUUUCUGUGUUCCUCUUCUUUCGAUCCUUAAUUUCCUCCCAAGACCACCAGGCAUUCUACUGUGAAUACAGCACUAACUUGCUUUCUCUCUAAGUGAAUCAUUCAGACUGAGUCUGCUUAUGAUUUAUGCAGCAACGUGCUGUAUGUAGAACAGUCUUGGGUGUUUCUGUAGCUCACUUGACAUGUUUUAAUUGCAUAGCAUGACAUUGAAUAUUGCCUUUCCCUCAAGACUGCUAGUUUUAUUCUGUGAAUGAGUUGAAAUUGAGGGAUCAUUUGGUUGCCUAGGCUCAAGGAGAGCACCUGAGAUUUUUUUUAAUUGCCUAGGUUGUAUCACUAGGAUAUCAAGGGGCAUGCUGGGAGAUUUUCCCUACGCGUGCACCCUACAUAAACACACUUUUCCUUAACAGUCCCUGUCACAGCUGUCCAUCUUCUUUUGGGGCUGACUGAUAGCUGGAGGGGUGCUAAGUGACCUAAGAAAUUCCCUUCCAUAAGCAGUGCUUCUACCAAAUGUGUUAGAAUAUAGGGAGAGGGUUAUUUCAACAGAGUCCUCAUGCAUGGUAGGGAUAAAGUUCAACCACUGGGUCACUGAAUCAAUCUAGUGCCUUAAAUUUUUGCAAGAAAGAGGUAACAUCUUACAUAGUAAAGAUUUUCAACAGUAAAAAUACCCACAUGUGCUACACACACAGCCCCCGCCCCCCACUGUCAUGAUUGCUAAUUGGUCUAAGUGUGUGUUUGUAUUCUGUUUUUCUCUUGGAAACAGUUUAGUGUAGAUUAGUGAGUCUCUAACAUUCCAAGGGUAUGUCUACACUGCAUUUUAAAGCCUGUGGCAAUGAGUCUCAGAGCCCAGGUCUACGGGCUUGGGGGCUCACUCUGUGGCUCUUAAAACCGUAGUGUUCUGAAACCCACUCACCUCCAGGCUUCAGAGCCUGAGCUCCAGACCUAAGCCUGAAUGUUUGUGGCUAUUUUUAGUUCCGUAAGUGAGCCCCGGUCUAUAGACCUAGGCACUGAAACUUGCUGCUGCAGGUUGGUGGGGGGUGAUUGGGGUUUUCGGAGGGUGCUGUGUAUACAAGAAUCCAAGACUGGAAUAGUCUUGCUUUCAUUACUCUAAAGUUCAGUAAGUAAAUUUUACUCAAUGCUUGUUGGGUAGUGUGAGAGGUGAUACGUGAAAGUUAAAUCUCUCCUCUUUUUGCAUGGAAUGAUGAAGGGCUAGACAGAUUAGGGAUGGUCUCCUUUUAGCAAUUGCUGGGACUCUCUUUUGGCAGAGAGACUUAACUUGACACUGGAAUGGGUGGAAGAUUUACAUGCCACUUACAUUGGGCUGGGAAUGCUGUUUUGAAAACCAAUUAAGCUAGCUUGGUUUGGCUAGCCAGUGUGGAAGGCAAAACGAUGUACUAGACAAGAACACAUUCUAAUGUGUUCAGAUAGUUUGCCCCAUCCCUUCUGCCUGGCCACACUGUUUAAACUGAGUUAGCUGGAAAUGGUUUUCCAAAUGCUCUAGGUAAUGUGGUUUCUGGCCUACUGUCAAAUGGGGUAGAGGAAGGGAGCUUUCCUGUUUUGCUGCUCUAACGUGGGGAGGAACCCUUGUAUUUUGGGUGGCUGAAUUUCCCCAUUAGUGCACUGAGUUUAAAAGUAUUGUGAAAGAAUUGUAGUGGCUGAGCCUAGAGUUGCUGCCCCAGUACAAGUACAUAGUAAAUGAUGCAGAUCUACUAGCUAGUUUCCUGUCCCCCAGUCCCACAAAUAUGUGUGUGUGUGUGUGUGUGUGUAUGUAUAUAUAUACACACACACACACGUGUAUAUAUACUAGUAGCGAAUUGUGAGCCCCAUAGACAAGUAAAAUUUCAGAAAUGUUGUGCUUCCUUCAAAGCGUUUUCUUGUUCCUGCUGUGGGAUUUCUUGAGAAAAUGUUAUUUGCACAUGUUGGUUCUUGAAGUCCACACUAGCCAAAAGAGUUUUAUUUAAUGCCAAACAUCUGGAUAUUUUGAAGCUUAGUGAAUGGUCUCUGGGGAGAGCUUACGCUUAGAGGGAACACUGGUUUUCACAGACACUCCAAAUGGCUGUCUUUUUUAGAAGGCUUCAAAUUUUAUUUUUAUGCUUGGAAACCCCACAAUGUGUCAGUCUUUGCAAAACCUUCUUGAUGUGGUUCAUGGAUAUACCAGUAAGUAUAUGUUUGUGUAAAAGAGUGACUGUGCAGUGUGUAAAUACUUUAAAUUAUUAUGAUAGAAGAAUAAAGUUACAUACCAUGCUGUGGAA